AUGCAGUAUACAUCAGACGAAGCUUAUGCAAGGCUUAUAAGUCAUAAUAUGACUGUGCCACACAGAAUAAAGGCAACGGGUGAUGUAGUUGAUGAGGAGAAUACUCCAAAUGGAAUUAUUUCUGGAUGGGACUAUGCUAAUGAAAAAUUUGACAUGAAGGUUCCUGAGAGGAUCCUUGUCAUGGGACAAGAUCAGCAUAUUGGGACAAAAGCAACACCCAGAGAAAUCCAAUUGGAUAAUGCAGUAUUACCAACUGACCCUGGAAUGAUACGAGUGACCACCCCACCACGUGUUAUUACACUGGACCAGCACUACUUCCCAUCAGCUGAUGAUUUUCUUCCUGGUUCUGCUAACUCUCCACCAAGAAAUGCUCGAGCUGUUCGUUCUCAAGAAGUUACCCGUCAAAUUCUCCCCCAUUCUGACAUUCUUAAUGAGUCUACCAUGACGGAAUCACGUCUAGUUUUGAGGGAUCCGACUCCACCCAUAAGUAAUGGGGAGGGUCUGUCUGCCGCUGAGGAACUUGUGCAUCUUCGCCGUCAAAUUGCAAAACUUAAUCGUCGUGUUAUGUCUAUUGAAGCUGAAACACUUCAAAGACAACAAAAGGAAAAAAUUGCUUAUGCAAUAAGUAUUGCUUAUUUGUUAUUUAAAGUGAUUGCUUGGCUCAACAGAUCUUAA